UCUUUGGCCAGCUCGCAGCGUGAGUGGACGAUGCGUUUCUGUUCCGGCUACAUCUGCUCAGUCCAGCCGGAAGUGCAGCUCUAUUAAUCUUGAAGUAUUAAUCCUUCUUUACCUGGAGGCAGAAGAGGCGAUAUUAGUUUGCUGCGUUCGCGGGGAAACGCGUUUGCGCGCCCCGUCUGAUGGAUGCGUCGUGUUAGUGCGCGACACGCGGUUAAUGCGGGGUCAAACACACUUCGUCGACUUCCUGCAAGUUGGGCUUAUUGUUGUUUUCUUGCGCUGAAGCGUUGAGGUCUGUGCGACUCAAACCUGCAAUGGGAUGCUGCGGUAGCGCAGAGAGGGUGAAAAGAGAAUGGAAACCCUUGGAGGACCGAUGCUGCACAGAUCUCCCAUGGUUCCUUCUAUUUAUGCUCUUCUGUGGGGGAAUGGGUGCUAUCUGUGGCUACACUAUAGUGACAGGUGGUGCAGCACGCCUGGUCUUUGGAUAUGACAGCUACGGUAACACUUGUGGCCAGAGGAAUGAGGCCAUAGAAGGGGUCAAACUCAGCGGCUUGGACCACCGAGACAGAAAAUAUGUGUUCUUCCUGGACCCAUGCAACUUAGACAUAAUUCAACGGAAGAUUAAAUCAAUGGCACUGUGCGUGGCGCAGUGUCCUCCCGAAGAGAUGAAAACCUAUGACGAUAUACGGAGAUUUGCUAUGAUCAAUGGUUCAGAGCUCUGCUCCUAUGAGCUGGCUGCCCAUAAGUACCCAAGCCUUCCAGAGCGCUUUGACAAAUGUCCUAAACUUCCAGUUCCACAGAGUAAAGCUCUGCCAGUGUUUAGCCGCUGCACGCCCGUGGAUAUUUCCUGCUAUUCUAAGUUUGCAGAGGCGGUGGUGACGUUUGUCAGUGAUAACACCAUACUCCAUAGGCUUAUCGCUGGGGUGGUGGCCAGUAAAGAGAUCAUUGCGGGGCUUUGCCUGCUAGCUCUUGUGCUCUCCAUGAUCCUGAUGGUGAUUAUUCGCUAUAUCUCUGCAGUCCUGGUGUGGAUUCUCACUGUUCUUGUGGUGCUGGGCUCACUAGGAGGCACCAGCUUUCUGUGGUGGUUAUAUAUAGACCACAGGCUGAAGACGAACGAGACUGCGGUUACAGAUUUAAAGGAAGCAAAAGAAACAAAUGAAGAAACCGUUGCUUCCAAAGACGACAUUCAUGGACUGCUGGUCUACGCUACUUCAGCAACUGUGUUCACGGUGAUCUUGCUGUUGCUGAUGCUGUUCAUGAGGAAGCGAGUGGCUCUGACCAUCGCUCUGUUCCACGUUGCCGGGAAGGUGUUCAUUCACUUGCCGCUGCUGGUGCUGCAGCCUUUCUGCACCUUUCUCGCCCUCUUUCUCUUCUGGGUCUACUGGAUCCUAGUACUCCUUUUCCUCGGAACAACUGGGAACCCAGAGAAGAGCGAGCAGACAGGUCUGACUGAGUUCCGACUGAGCGGCCCACUGCAGUACCUCACCUGGUACCAUGCCGUGGGUCUCAUCUGGAUAAGUGAGUUCAUCCUGGCCUGUCAGCAGAUGACUGUAGCUGGAGCUGUGGUCACAUACUACUUUACCAGGGACAAGAACAAGCUCCCUUUGACGCCCAUCCUGUCAUCUGUGUUUCGUUUGAUCCGUUACCACCUGGGUACCGUGGCCAAGGGCUCCUUCAUUAUAACCCUGGUCAAGAUCCCGCGCCUCAUCCUCAUCUACAUCCGUAAUCAGCUCAAAGGAAAGGAGAAUGCAUGUGCACGCUGUAUGCUGAAAGCGUGUAUUUGUUGCCUGUGGUGUCUGGAGAAGUGCCUCAAUUAUUUAAAUCAGAAUGCGUAUGCAGCGACAGCCAUCAAUGGCACCAGUUUCUGCACGUCGGCACGUGAUGCAUUUGUGAUCCUGGUGGAAAACGCUCUGAGGGUGGCAGCCAUCAACACCGUGGGAGACUUUGUGCUUUUUCUGGGCAAGGUCCUGAUUGUGACAUGUACAGCAUUUGCAGGAGUGUUGGCUCUAAACUAUCAGAGGGACUACGCAGAGUGGGUACUGCCGCUCAUCAUCGUGUGCCUGUUCGCCUUUCUGGUGGCCCACUGCUUCCUGUCCAUCUUUGAGAUCGUUGUGGACGUGCUGUUUCUAUGCUUCGCCAUCGACACCAAAUACAAUGACGGCACAUCUGGCAAAGAGUUCUUUAUGGACAAAGCCCUUAUGGAGUUUGUUGAGAACAGCCGGAGGUCGGUGGCGCCGGCAGAACGCGGACGGAGCAGCAAGCGAUCUCGCUCUCGACUGGAUUCGGGACUGACUGAGAUGAAGGCCAUGGCUCCUGGAACAAGCUCAGCUUGACCAAAAGCCGGACAUGGGACUUUUUAAAGACAUUCCAAAAUGUUUAUUUUUACCAAUGUGUAACAUGUUUACUAUGGUUUCACUCCAGGGAAUACAAUAUUUUAAUAAGAAACUGUAAAAAAAAAAAGAAAUAACAAUGUAAUGAAGCACUUUAUAUUGAAGCGCUGCAUAUUUUAAAAGGCUGAUGCAUUUUUCGUAGUGAUGUCCUUUUUUAUAAGACUAAAAACAAUUGCCAUCUAGUAAAACACAGUAUUAAUAAUGUCUAGAAUCACUGUUUUUAUUAUGUAAAACUUUCAUAACAGAGUUUUUUUUUCCUUUUUCUUAAAUGGGUUUCUUGAAGUUUGGUAGAAACCUUCGUGUCAUGCAGCAAUGAAGGAAUUAAUUGUUGUUGUUUUUUAGUUGUUUUAACUCCUAACACUGAAGCAUCUCUACAUCAUUUGCUCUUAUUGAUAUUUCUAUUACACCCAGUUACAUUAUGGAUGUGCAUUUGGGAGGAAGAUUGGAGUUUUUUUUGUUUUGUUUUGUUUUGUUUUGUGCCUCAGUGUUAAAGCGUCAAUCUCCUCCAAACCCCCCGCCCCAAAACAAAACAAAAAGGUUUAGACUGAUUUUAGAUCUGAUUGUUUAUACAUAUGGAAGGGAAUUCCCUUUACCCUUGACUUUUUUCCUGACAGGAUGAAACCUAAUGAUUUAAACAUCUAAAUGAAAUUUGUUUGACUCUUUCAGGCUAGUGACAGCUGUUGUAUUACAAGUGUUACUGGGCCUUUGUUUGUUUGUUUGUUUUUAGCUAAAUGUUAAGCUAUAUACAAGGCUUUGUUUGAGAUUAUGUACUGAUGCUAAUUAGGUAUUAAAUGCAAACACUGAAUUAGCAUUUAGGAUCUGAGAGGCUGGAUACGUACCACCCAGGAUCUUGAUGGCCAUCUUUGUAUAGUUUUUUAACCCUAACAUAUUUCCAGUCUUUAGCUAUGGCAUCAUAUAACCCUCCAGGCUUAGAUUUACAUUUUGAGCGCUGAUUUUAAAUCAGAUUGCUAGCAUAUUUCUAUACUGACCCAAUCCUAGAUUUAUGCUCCCAACGUUUCUCAAAUAGGAUUUGGUUUCCUGAAUGUGUCCAAGUACAAAGCUUGUUUUUGAUUAUCCUAUUGUAAAUGAAUGGCUCUCACAUGUACAUAACAGUGUGGUGCUUUUGGGACACCAGGCCCUGGUCUCUCCUUAAACACAGGGUGAUUUUUGUAGUCCCUCCUUCUAACUAUAGGAAGAGAAAUUAAAAAAAUCUUUCUGCAUGUGAAAUCAUUUUUUUUAACUCAUCAACUCUGAGCAGUAUUAAUCUGAAUGUGAAUCCACUAUUAUCAUUUGCACACACUGCAUCCUGUGGAGAGUCUGGGUGCUUUAAAUCCGUGUGGUGCGUGAUUGAGUGUCCACUUUUACUCCUGCAGCAAACUCAAGUCUUCCUACUUGCACUACUUUUUUGUUGUUGUUUUUUGUUUUGUUGUUUUUGGGAGGCAUCCCUGUGAUACAGAGUGACUUGGAGAGGAGAGGCACACAAAAACUCGCACCUUGCCUUAACCCAUUCAGCAUGCAGCACAUCCUGCUGGAUAUAAGUGGUUGGUUACAGUAUUUUUGCAGUACAGUAUGACCUUCAGCUGCAGAGAGCCUGUAAGCCUUAAACCAGUUCAAGAUUUCCAUAACAUUUUCGGUAUCUAAUCAGCAGUGAAACUACAAGCGAGUUGUUUAUGUACAGCAUGUGGACAGAAGGAGUCAAGAUUUUACUAAUUGUUUUGUAGUUUUAAUCUUUAUUAAAGGAGUGUUUGGAGGAUUUUAGCCAACAUUUGCCAGGUGUUUAGGAGCUGGAACAAGGGAACUUGUGGUCAUGAGGCGAGCUGGUGACUUUUGGUGAUGGUGUAGAUUCACCUUUUGUAAACAGCUCAACCUUAAAAUCUAAGAAAUCGUAUUCGUAUUCGAAAUCGUUUUGUAUUAUAGUGGUGCUUCAUGUUACCACUUUUGACUUUUGGACCAAGACGUAGAAACAAUUUUAUUAUGUCAAUUUUAUUAACUUAAAAAUUUUAUAUAAUUUUAUUAUUUUGUUAAUUUUAUUAACAAUUUUUUUUAUGUCAUCUCUUCACUAAUCAGACCAGGCCAAAUAUAAUUAAAAAAAAAAACAGUAAAAGACUUAAUGUCUGUAGCCCUGUAGCUACUGCUUUCAAAAAUAAAUGAAAAUAAAUGAAAUAAUUAACAUAAGUAUGAUAAAACACAACAGAGGGUCUGCAAUAGAAGCUAGAAGAUUCAUGUUUAGGAAACUAGAAUCGCUGAACAACGACUAGUAUUUUUUUCUGAGUUUAUGAAUUGUGCUACAGUAUUUUUCCAAAAGUGUUAUCUGUAAUGUUCAUGAGGAUUAUACGAUACGGAAAUACUACUUCUAAAAAAUACUUCUCAAACCUGAGAGGAUAGUAUUUGUUGCUUUUGAACCUCCACAAAGUCUUGAGUCUCCCAAAGCCUUAACAGCAAAGUAAAAGUUCCUCAAUAUCCAACAUAAACUGUAUUUGUUAGUUCUAAUAAACUGCUUAUAAAAACUUUUUAUUUAAAACACUGAUCGCUUUUGAUCAGUCUGAGAAAUGUUGGCUAAUUUCCGAAUAUAGUAACAAUUCCUUUAUGAUGGAUUUAGAGUGUAUAUGAAAUAUCUGUACAGUAUAUAUGAACGUGUAAGGAUACAUGCUGACUGAUAACAGAAUGUCCAUUUUAGGAAAGGGAAUCUUAAAGUGUGUUGUGGUCUUCGGUUUGUUUGUCUUUGUGUGUUAUUCCAGGUCUCACAUUACAGAGGAACAUGGGAUGUUAUAUAGUGGAUGGUAUCUUGAACAUAACUAAAAGUUUGAUAAGGGGGGGAAAAAAAAGAAAAAUUCAUAUUUGUUACAGACACCAGUCUUAUGGUUAAAGCAUGUUAAGAAUUGCACUAAGUACUCAUUUUAACACAGAUAGAAUAUGUGUGAAGAAAAAAGGAUUUCAAUUUAAAACGAUUAUGAACAUUUUAUUCUGCUAACUAAUUUAUUUUCAAAUGCUUGAAAAAAAUUCAGAGUAUUUCAGAAGUAGUCAUGAAAUGGGAAUUAUUGUUAAUGUUAAUGUGAGCAUUAUUGCCCGCUAAGGUGAAACGUACGCUUUUAGCAGAUGUUGCCCUUUACUGACUUAAAUAAACGCAGAGUUGUGUUUUCUGAAUCUGCUCUGAUUGGGGACGGACUGAGUGAGACGAGCUGAUCUGUGAUCUUGAGGCAUUGCUGAGGAAUAGCAGGGUCUGGCUUUCUGCUCGACCCCAACUUUGCCAAAUGGUGCACAAUGUAAAAUUCAGAUGACGUGCACAAAAGAUGUAUUGUUCAAACUGCUUGUUUUGGUAUUUAGUCGAGUCCUUGUUUUUCCUCUUUCUCUCUCAAUCAGCGUGGCAGCUGGGCAGCUGAUAUGUGGCAUGUUCAGGCCUGUCUCUGUUGGGUAGGGAGCUGUAGAGAUGCUCUGCUUAUAGUCAGAGCCAAGCUAGUAAUGUCCAUAUACACAAUACGCACACACGCACACACAUAUACACACUGACACAUGCACAUAUAAACACACAUAUACAACCUGCAUGCUCCCAGUCUGGGCUUUUUCUAACUCUUUAAAACAAUGAGCCAUUUUUGUAGGAUGUGAAUUGUUUGGCGUUAGGAUCCAUGUGACUUAAACACUGACACUUCUAGAAGAAUAGCUUUAUUCAGUAACAAGCCACUGUUUUUCUGUUGUCGAGAUGUGAGUGUGUUUCUCCUCUUCAUUGCGGGAAACUGCGCUUCUGUUCCCGUCCCUGUGGAGAAAUAGGCCGUUUCUGUGUGAAGAAUACUGUUAUCAAUAGGCAAUACAUCAGUUUCCUUGUCUGGUGUAAUACUAGCUCUUAGCUUUUACCUGCAGUAUAGUUGUUUGUAACAUUGAAUUAAGGAUUUUUUGUUUUGUUUUGUUUUAUUUUAUUUUUUUUAUAUUCAUAUGUAUCUUGUUUUUUAAAGUAAUAAAAUGGAAAAUUUUAAACAU